AUGGCUAUAUCAGCGCAUUCUACUAAACCUAUCGCAAAUGCUCUUCAUAAAUAUAAGGAAAAAGAAAAUCGAAGACCCGAAGGAACAUUGAAUUCAGAUUAUAUGCUAGCAAAUGCGGGUUCCAAUGGUUCAAUACCAAAGCGAUAUCAAAGUGUUGUUACUGAAGGUACACCAUUAACGUCAUUUGGUGUAAGAAAUGAUGAUAAUCAACUACGGUCCCACUCACCACCUAAUCAUAUUCAACCUCAACUUCAUCAAAGACCACUUAAACCAGUCAAAGAAUUCCUUACUACACACCCGACAGUCGAUCAACAAUCAGAUGCUCGAUGGCACUCAAGUUCUAAAACAAAUGCUCACACUCGAUCUCAAACAGAAAUAACUAUAAAAAACGUAAAUGCAGCUUUAACAAAAUCAUUAAAUAAAUUACGUCAAGAACCAUUACAUAUAGCUACCAUAAAUGGUCAAAGAACGCCAUCGUAUGCUGAACCAACAUCAUCUCGUCCGAUGACAGCUCGUGUAACAUCUCAUAAAAAUACUGGUACAGUAGCAACAUCAAAUUUAUUCUAUCAACUAUCCGGUGGAAUGAAAGGUCCACUUCCAGCUGAACUGAUAACAAGACGACCGACAAGUUCAUUAGCAACCAAUAAACCAUUCAAUGGUGUAUCAAAUAGCCGAAUUUCAUCUGGAACUGGCCCAGUCAUUGUACAACAACCUACGGCAUUCAUACACAAUGAAAUAAGAUCAAGUCAUAUUCCAAAUGUACAUGUAUCUACGCCAUAUCGUAUGCCAACUAAAAGUCCUGAUUCAAAUUUACAUCAAUCGGAUGAACCAAAUUUUAAUUCUGUAACAAUGGAAGAAAAUUUUGAUAGAUCCAGGAGAUUUAAAAAGGAAUCGAAUCAACCAACAAUAAUAAAAUCUACUGGUCGCACUGAAUCACCAACAUCACGUACACGAAGUGCUGAUAAUCAACAUCGUUCAUUACCAGAAGUUAGCGUCAAUCCACAUAUUCAAAGUUCUGUACAAAAAAGUAAUGAACACUCACCACUAUCAUAUGAAAUAAAUCGAAAUGGUGAUAAACAUACAAAUUAUCAUAAUAUUCAAGUAGAACCAGUUGAUACACCUAAGCGAGUCUCAUCUCCAGUGCAAACUCGACGAUCAACUUCCCAAACAACUUCAACAACACACAAUGCUCUAUCAUCUUCAGGAGAUCCACUGAAUGACGCUUAUAUUGAUAGAGAUAAUACUGGUGCACAUGUAUUGACGACUGAAAAUAAACAAACGCCUAUGAAUAAUGAUUAUUCAUCUAUGCCUAAACAAAAUACAAAUCAACAAAUAAAGAAGCAAAAUUCAUCAACACCACCAUCAUCACCAACAAUUCAAGAAUUAAAUAAUAUUUGGCAAAAACAAAAAGAUAAAUAUCCAAUUACAUCUACACGAGCUACUUCAGCUAAUCGUCAAAACAGAAGACCGCAUCGGCCAUCUUGCCGAUUGAAAAAUUACGGCGAUGAAUCUGAGUCAGAAACCACUCUUACUAGAACUCAAAGUAAAGAUGAAGGUAUGAGUCAUCGUCGUGGUGGUCCACCAAGUGAUCUUGGCAGUGAUGCGUGGUCCGAUUUGACGAGUGAAUUUAGUGAUACUAAAUUACGUAAACAUCCAAAUAUUCGAACAUCAACACCCAAUAUAACUCGACAUAGUUCAAGUUUAAGCUCGAAAGAAGUUGGACAAAUACGAAAACAAUUAACUGAUCUUCAAAUUAUGUAUAAUGAUCUUCUUAAAUUACUUGAUAUUGAUAUAGAAUCUGUGAGAAGUAGUCAUAAAUCUAGCACUUCUUCGCAAGCAGAUCACAAUAGUCGACGACAUCGUUUUCGAAAAGUAACGCCUGUUACAACAAUGCGUCAAUCAAAUCUCGACAUGAUGGAAAUCGAUCAACGUUUUACAAGACUUGAGUCAUCCUUAGUAACAUUAGCAGAAUCAAUUGCUAAAUUAUCAGCACAAGUUCAAAUGCAACGUGUUAUUAAAGAUGAUAUUAAUAAUUUACGACAAGAAGUUUUUGAACUUCGUCAACAAUUACAUCAACAAGAUGGUCGACAACAAUCUUCAACACAUGUCGGCAUAUCUGGUAUUACAUUAUCAACAUUACCGAGAUCUCAUCAGCCAACACGGUUAAUAAGUCCAAAUGUUCAACGUCUUACUACUGCUAAUAGUACAAAUCCGUUAAAUUCUUCUACAUCUUUCAUGCCAUCAUCAUCCAUGAUACAACGUUCUAACUCAAUUAUUGACCCACGACAAGCACGAAAAAUUGAACAAUUCUUUGGCACCGAAGCAAUGCUUCGCUAUUUUCUUAGUUUAUUAAAUUAUGAAGAGUAUGCUGCUGUACUUGAACACGAAAAAAUUGGUAUUUAUGAAUUACCUUAUAUAAGUGAAAGAAAAUUACAAAGUCUUGGCAUACCUUAUGGACCGUGUGCUCGUAUUAUUUAUGAGGCACAACAGUAUUUUAUUUCAUUAUUAACAUUAAAAUCGAGUGGAAUUGAUGUAUAA